AUGGCCACAACAAGCAGCGCAAGCAGUCAAUCUUUUGACAUAGAACUCGACAUUCUCGGCCAACAACCACCUCUUCUUACAAUUUACACCCAGAUCAGUCUCGUCUACCCCGUCUCUGAUCCCUCUCAGUAUCCCACCAUCGUCAGCACCUUCGAGCAAGGCCUUUCACGCCUCUCCAAAGCCUUCCCAUGGGUCGCAGGCCAGGUCAAGGCCCAGGAAGGAAACCCGGGAAUUUUCAGCAUCGUACCGUAUAAAGAAACACCCCGACUUGUGGUGAAGGACCUCCGCGAUGACUCCUCAGCGCCGACAAUCGAGGGUCUGAGAAAGGCGGGCUUCCCUAUAGAGAUGUUUGAUGAGAACAUCAUCGCGCCGGGAAAGACAUUACCUAUUGGACCUGGUACUGGUCCCAACGAUCCAAAGCCUGUGUUGCUCUUUCAGCUCAACUUUAUCAAAGGUGGACUCAUUCUCACUGUCAAUGGACAACACGGUGCUAUGGACAUGACAGGUCAAGAUGCGAUUAUCCAUCUGCUCUCAAAGGCGUGCCGUAAUGAAUCGUUCACUGACGAAGAAAUCUCUGUUAUGAACCUCGAGCGCAAGACGCUGAUUCCUCUCCUUGAGAACUACAAACUUGGUCCUGAGUUGGACCAUCAGAUCGCCAAGCCUGCUCCUGCUGGCCAGGCUCCUCCCGCGCCGGCAACGGCAAGCUGGGUGUUCUUCUCAUUCGCACCCAAGGCCCUUUCGGAGUUGAAGGAUGUGGCUACAAAGACUCUCGACGCAUCGACAAAGUUCGUGUCAACUGAUGAUGCUCUUUCAGCGUUUAUUUGGAAAUCGACCUCGCGCGUGCGUCUCGCAAGAGUGGACGCUUCCGCACCUACGGAAUUCUGCCGCGCUGUCGAUGUGCGACCCCAAAUGGGUGUCCCAGGCACAUACCCAGGCAUUCUCCAAAACAUGGCCUACCAGGACUCGACCAUCUCCGAAAUUGCCAACGAACCACUCGGCGCAACAGCAUCGCGCCUACGCUCACAACUCGACCGCGAACACUUGCGUAAACGAACACAAGCCCUGGUGACAUACAUGCAUGAUUUACCCGACAAAUCGAGCAUCUCCUUCACCGCAGAUGCGGAUCCAUCGACCAGCAUCAUGCUGAGUUCUUGGGCCAAGGUGAGAUGCUGGGAGUACGAUUUUGGGUUCGGACUGGGUAAGCCCGAGAGUGUGAGAAGGCCGCGAUUUGAGCCUGUUGAGAGUUUGAUGUACUUUAUGCCCAAGAAGCCUAAUGGGGAAUUUACAGCGAUGCUUUCUCUGAGGGAUGAGGAUUUGGAGAGAUUGAAGGCGGAUGAGGAGUGGACAAAGUACGCCAAAUACAUUGGCUAG